CACGGUGGCACAGUGGUCAAUAUAUAUAUAUGCGGGGAAAGGACGUCCAAGACAACACAGCUUUAAACACCACGGAAAUUUGUGACGGUGCAAUUUUCCUGGAUGGCCUUGUUUGACAGAAGGUUGUUGUCAUAUUUUGAUGAUGGCGGAACUAUUGGGUCCGGGACUUUUCAAGAUCGCAUUUGUGACUACCAACAGGAUUUGUGUGAUAUUGAACGGGAACUUUUGAAAUACCAGCACUUACUCGGCAUCCAAAGGGUGAAGGUAAAGGCACGUGAUCGCCGCCACUGGAAACCUGCCACCCGAGCAGUGCGCGAGGACGGCGCCGAAACAGACUUGGGGAGUAUCCAGAAUGUCGUCACGCAGCCGCACCAGGCAGAACACCGCAGCAGCUUCUCCUUGUUGGAGCCUCCCGCGUCCACAGCAUCGCACUCAAGCUCCGUGCAUGGCCGGCAGACACCCAGCGAAGCGCUUUCCAGUGAGGCCAAGCGUGGUUCCCGAAGGCUAUCCAAAGCAGAUGGCCCAGGUGUUGAAAAACCUGUCAUGUCAGGAAGUGUCACAAGCCACAAAGCGUCUGCCCUGCAUGUGGAGCUGGGGAGGGUGGCUGUCUCGAUGGCUGCUACUUCACGAUCAAUUCAAACCAGCUUGCUGGUUUUAUGGCUGCUGCACCUUGCAACAGCUGAGAAAACUUGCAACGGGUGUACAGCUGGGGUGGGGCUCCUGCAGAAGCUUGGCUGCUUUGAUACGGCCACCUUCAAUGAUGAACGGCUUUGCCAGACGGUUUUGCCAGACGGUUUUUCGAAUUUGGCAGCCAUGUGGGCUGGAGGGAAAGUGGACACUGCUGCCUGGGUAGCUUUUGAUCCGCUCUGUAGGAAAUCCCCGCGUCAGCAUGUCAUGGUGGUGCCGGGGGUGCCUUACGACUGGUAUCCCGUGGAUGGGGGAGACGGUCGAGCCUGCCGUGGAGCGACCAGCCAUGACAACCAGGCCAGUUACUACAGCGUGGUCUCAGGCAUUCCAUCUAUCGACCUGUGCAAAGAUGAAUGCCUGAAGCAUUCCAACUGCUCAGGCGUUGAAUUCAGUGGCACACGCUGCGAGGUUUGGACCAGGCCCGAAGGCAUCCAGGCCUCCAUCCCCUUGGAGAACUUUCAAUGCUGGAGCUACCAGCCCUCCCUCUUCGAAGCCGUGGAUGGUGGCCUGGACCGACGCUGUGAAGGCACAAGCGAUUUGGAUGUGGUGCAGCAGGGAAUCCAAACAAUAUCUCAGUGCAAGCUGCAGUGUGUGACAACUCCAGCUUGCAAGGGCAUUGAGUUUGAAGGUGUAGGGGGCACUUGCAAGUUGUUGACUCGACCCGAUGCCAUCGCAUCUUCUACGGCAGCGCCGGGCUACAGCUGCUACCGCCUGGAAUUUUACCAGGCAGAUCCCUUGGUCGCCGAGGCCGCUUGCCGCGGGGCCCAUGUCAACGAUAACCAAGCCGCUUACUUCAAGGUGAUGGAAAACACCGGCAGCAUCGAUGAGUGCAAGCAAAGCUGCAGAGAGGAGGCCGCAUGCCAAGGCAUUGAGUUUGCCGGAACCCAUUGCCACUUGGCGAUGUCGGAAACAGGCGAAGUGUGGGUGCGCCCUGAAGGAAUUGAGGCUGUGAAACCUUUGUCUAAUUCCAAGUGUCUGAAGUACUCCGCUGGGACAGUCCCAUCCACCACAGCGACUACGGAGUCAACAACGGCCACUACCAUGACCACAACUGAGUCCACAACCACCACCACGGUGUUGACAAUGGCAUCAACCACAGAGUCGGUCACAACCACUGAAGCCACAACAACCAGCGCGAAAGAAUGUCGCAAAGGCUAUGAUCAGUGUGGUGGCAAGGGUUACACUGGAAAAACCUGUUGCAUUUAUGGCUGGGAUUGCAUCGUGCAGAACGAGUUCUAUUCUCAGUGCCGGCCGACCACUGGAACCACCACCACAGUCCCAUUGGACUGCACCGCCCCGGGAACGGAGUUUGCAACGCGCUACCGGCAGUGUGGAGGUCGCAAUUGGAAUGGCCCGAGGUGCUGCGAAAAUGGUGACAUUUGCGUUUUCGACAAUGAAUACUACUCGGGCUGCAAGCCUCCGAACAGCACGACCACUGCUGGCAGCAUCACGACUACCACGCAGCAAACAACGCAAUCCUCUGCAGUGACUUGA